AUGGUAUAUCAGGGAUUUGGGCUGGACUUAGUGAGGCCUCCGGCAGGUACAAAUGUAGCGUUUUCGCAAUUGUCACCGGAAGACCAGGCUGAAAGAGGCGCUCAAGCAAUGAUGAAUUUUAUGACUUCAUGUCCUGGGAAAGCAGCGCUCAGUGGGGUCACUGGUUUUGCUCUGGGUGGUGUCUUUGGUCUAUUUAUGUCAUCAAUGGCGUAUGAUUCUCCUAUACAUCUGCCACAGGCUGGUGUAAAUCCAAUGGAUAAAAUUGCAGAGCUCCCUUUCAAGCAACAAAUGAAAUUGCAAUUCUCUGAUAUGGGUAAAAAAUCAUACUCUAGUGCCAAGAAUUUUGGUUAUUUGGGUUUGAUAUAUGCUGGAGUUGAAUGUGUUGUCGAAUCAACGAGGGCCAAAAAUGACAUUUACAACGGUAUUACAGCUGGAUGUAUCACUGGUGGCGGGCUUGCGUACAAUGGCGGUCCACAAGCAGCUCUUUUUGGUUGUGCAGGGUUUGCACUAUUUUCUGCUGCAAUUGACCUGUACCUUAGGAGUGAAGAUGGUAGACCGCCUCCUAAUGAUUUUAAAGAAUAG